AGCAGCAGUUCUGCAGACAGAAACGCCUUGUUAAUGAGAGAGGUCAGAGGAAAAAGCAGAAGAGCAUCUCUCUCUGAACACAACGCAUUCUAACUCUUAAGUGGAUAGGCGACAGCAGCAUUAAUGUUCUUUGGGUGUAUUUGAUUUCCACGUGACUUGAUUCAUCUUGCUAAACAGACUGGUCUGGCAACCGUGAGCCGUGAACGCGGCGUGUUCCUGUUGUAAUCAACCUUGGUGGUUUUUGGAAUGAAAGUGAAAGCGAUUUAUCUGGGUGAUCGAAUUUGUAGGCAAGCUACUUAUCCUGUAAAUUAUAGAAACAGAUUGUAUUCACGAUGGAUGGAACCAGCUCCCAAACCAUGGUCUUAAUAGGUGGUUCUAGUUGUUUAUUUUCGUACCUGUUUUACAGCUUAUACCAAAGUAAGAAACUGGAAAUAGAAAAAAUUAAGGAAAUCCCAAAAUAUCAGCCCAAUGAAGAGUUGUUAAGAAGAGUAAAAGCGUCACCACAGAGGCGGUUGGCAUAUGCUGCAGUGGAAGGAUCGGUACAGCCGGAUGGUAACCCUUUGGCCAGUCAGUAUAUCCCACGAUGCUUUGCCGUGGUACAGAAGGUGCAAGUGGAGGAGACUUGGGAAGUGUGGAAUCAAAGAUCGGGGACGUGGUAUCGCAGGAAGAUGAACUCAAAGGAAUCAAAUAACAUGGUACCCUUCCACCUGGAGUGUCCAGGGGCCUUCACCAGCAAGAUGGCAGUGAAGGUCCAAUCACCCCUGGAGGCUGUGGGGCCUUACCUGGAGCAGGUGCACUAUAGAAUAAAGUACGCAAAGGAUGGACUGGUGGACUUUGUGCUGAAUGAGCUGGUGGGGGAGAAGCCAUUUUGCAUUGAGGAGAAGGAGGAGAUUCUUCGCGUGGGGACCACAUUGACAGGCUUUGGGGAGGUCGUCUUGCAGCAGGGCAACGUGCUAAUACUGCAGCCCCCCACGAAUGGACAGCCCUAUCUCCUCUUCCCGACCAACUACCAAGGCUACCUGCAGUCGCACCAAGACACAGCCACUAUGUGGAAAGUGUUUACAGCCGUCUGCGGCAUUGCAGGAGCCACACUGAUAUUCUGGGCCCUCUACAGGGAGUACCAGAAAUAUCAAAGGAAGAGGGGUAGGAAUUAGGAGAGGGAGCAUGUACUCAAGUAAACGAGAGGCUAGCCUAUGCCAGAGAAGAUGCUCUGCAAUGCCUUUGCAGGUCUGCUCAGUAAACACUACAACCAAUCAGCUUGGAAUCAUAUGAUUCCAAAUUCACAAAAACAUGGGAAAUUCAUGUAGGCUCAGUGACUUGAAUCAUGUCUGCACUCAACCUCUGCACUCUCCACAAUGUACUGGGCAAAUGUUUUUUACAAUUCUGAAAUCGCUACUUAACAAAUUCAAUUUUUAUGGUUAUUGGAAUAUAUAAGGGUUUCUGGGUAGGCCUACACUGAUUCCAGUUGAGGUCAAAUACCUUCUGAAAGUAUUUUGUCUGAAAAUCUAUAAAACCAAAAUGAAUAA